AUUUUCUUUGUUCCAUAAAUUCUUAGUAUUUGCCAACCAUUGUCUGCUAUAUCUGAUUCUUUUAUUUUCUGAACAUCUUAGUAUUUAAGCCCCGGCUGAGAGUUAACAGCACAAGACAGUUCAUUUAAGUUGGCAUUUGUUUAUGAUCAGAUGAUUCCUGACAGAUGUUUUGGAAGCUUGCUUCUGGUUCUAAUUGGCAUGUUUUCCAAUGUUAUAGGUGCAUUUGUCGGGGUAAACAUAGGCACUGAUGUUUCCAGCAUGCCGUCAGCUUCAGAUGUCGUUUCCAUCAUCAGAGCCCAUCAAAUCACUCACGUACGACUCUAUGACGCUGACUCUCACAUGCUGAAAGCCCUAGCUGGCAGUGGGAUUGAAGUAAUAGUCGGUGUGACGAAUGAGGAAGUCCUAGGAGUCGGACAAUCGGCAUCAACAGCAGCAGCGUGGGUCAACAAAAAUGUUGCAUCCUACGUGCCUGCAACCAACAUUACAGCCAUUGCUGUUGGCAGUGAGGUUCUUUCCUCAGUCCCUCGUGUUGCACCGGUUUUAGUUUCUGCUAUGAACAACCUCCAUAAAGCUCUUGUUGCUUCUGAUCUGAAUUUUCAUGUUAAAGUCUCGAGCCCCCAGUCCUUGGACAUCAUCCCCAAGCCUUUCCCUCCAUCUACUGCUGUCUUUAAUUCCUCACCGAACUCUACAAUAUACCAGCUUCUUCAGUUUUUGAAGAACACCAACUCCUAUUACAUGUUAAAUGCGUAUCCCUAUUAUGGUUUCACUAAUGGAAAUGGCAUAUUUCCAAUUGAUUAUGCACUUUUCAAACCUCUCCCCUCCGUCAAACAAAUUGUUGACCCGAACACUCUCUUCCACUAUAACAGCAUGUUUGAUGCGAUGGUUGAUGCAACCUAUUAUUCUAUGGAUGCUCUCAACUUUUCUGGGAUCCCCAUUGUUGUCACAGAAACAGGAUGGCCUUCUCAAGGUGGAGCCAAUGAACCUGAUGCGACUGUGGAAAAUGCUGGGACAUUCAUUAAUAACUUGAUCCAGCGGGUUUCAAAUAAUUCGGGUCCGCCCAGUCGGCCGAAUAUUCCCAUAAAAACAUACAUUUACGAAUUGUUUAACGAAGACAAGAGACCUGGGCCUGUCUCCGAGAAGAACUGGGGGAUGCUUUCUACGAACGGCACCACAGUUUUUCCUUUGAGUUUGAGUGGUUCUACUCAGACUAUGGGAAAUGCUACCGCAGUUUUCUGUGUGGCGAAAGACAACUCCAGUGAAGAUAAGUUGCAAGAUGGACUUAACUGGGCAUGUGGGCAAGGACAGGCCAACUGCAGUGUUAUACAAUCCGGGCAGCCAUGUUAUCUCCCAAAUAGCAUCAAGAACCAUGCAUCUUAUGCUUACAAUGAUUAUUAUCAAAAAAUGCGUAGUGUUGGCGGGACAUGUGAUUUCGAUGGGACAGCCACAGUUACCACUAAUGAUCCAAGUUACAGGUCCUGCAUAUUUACGGGAAGUUCUAAUUCAAGCGCUGGCAGAGGGCUUUUUCCUGCCGGAGAUUUCGGUCCUGUAAGUCCACUGGGAGAGGGUCCAAAGCUUUCGGUAUGGAAGAUUCAGUUUGCAAUCUCAACGGCUUGUCUUUUCGUAAUCUUGCUCUAACAUUGGAAACUUCGUUGGGGUCGAAGAUCAUUACGCAAUGAAAUCUGCGACCAACGAACCAUGAUAACGGAUUGUUAUUUUUGAUCUUUUACGAAUCAUGGUGGCAUUCACUUGUUCAUCUUUGACCAUUAUUGCUUACUCUUUCAGUUAUCUGCUGUUGUUCAAUGGUAGCAGUAGGCUGCCAUUUCUAGCCAUGAAAUUUUAGGGAACUUGGAUUUUGUUUUCUUCAUUUUUAUAUUUAUUCAAUGUUA